AUUUUUCUUGCCCCAUUUUCUAGGAGCCGCCCUGACACGAAUUUGGUGAGCAGCAGCCUAUGCACAGACAUUGGUUCCCAUGAAACUGUUUCCCCAUGCUGUCAAGAUUCCUUCCAUAUCCAGAAAAGAAUGCUGCAGUCUCAGGAAGCCUCUUUUGCCACUGUCUAUUUCUUCAUCCUCAAACCACUCCUCUGCCAGCAGUGGCUCUCAUUUCAUCUUCUUACCUGAAAUCGUCCCUAACCGCCGACUAUUGUCGUUUUUACAGCAAUUCUCUACAAACAUUUUCUGGGUCGCAUCAAUUCAUGCGCAGAUUAUUGUAAAUUCUCUAUCAGCUGACCCUAUUCUGGCCACAAAGCUAGUAAAGGCGUAUGGUGAUUUGGGCUCUCUUGAAUCUGCUCGCAAUGUGUAUGAUCAAUUUACGGACCCAGAAGUAUUUCUUUGCAAUGCUAUGAUGAAUGAGUUUUUGAAAAGGGGGCAGUACUCUAAGGUGGUUGACCUCUUUCUAAUGAUAGGUAUCUUAGAAACAAGAAUUGAUAGUUGCACUUGCACAUUCAUGCUCAAAGCCUGCAGCGCCUUACCAAAUUAUUACGAGACUGGGAUGGAAAUUGUUAGGAGGGGUGUAGGUCGUGGAAUGCAUAAUGAUCGUUUUUUUGGGAGUUCUAUGUUAAAUUUCUUGGUGAAAUAUGAACACCUUGAUUAUGCACAGAUUUUAUUUGAUGAGAUGGAAAAUAAGGAUGUUGUGUGUUGGAAUUCAAUGAUGGGAGGUUAUGUGAAAACCAAUCAGUUUGAUAAGGCGUUUCAACUGCUUUUAGGGAUGCAUAAAUGUAACAUUGGACUUAGUACUGUAACUGUGGUGAACUUGAUUCAGGUAUGCAAGGCGAUGGGAUGUAUAAGAGUAGGAAAAUGUACUCAUGGACUUACAGUUCAGUUGGGAAUGGGAAAUGAUGUUAAAGUGCUAACGUCAUUGAUCAAUAUGUAUAGUAUGAUGGGUGACAUUGAAACGUCUUCCCUUGUUUUUGAUAGAAUGCCUACUAGAACUCUGGUUUCUUGGAAUGCAAUGAUCUCAGGAUGUGUUCACAAUGACUUGGUUCAUAAAUCACGUGAAUACUUUCAUGAAUUAGUAUGUCAUGGGAUCAGUUUUGAUUCGGGAACUCUCGUUAGCCUCCUUCAAGGUUGCUCACAAGUGGCUGACAUGGCAAGUGGCAAGAUACUUCAUGCUUACAUCUUACGACGAAGUCUAGAGUCAAGUAAUAUUUUAUUUACAGCACUUCUUGAUUUAUAUGCCAAGAGUGGAGAACUCACGAAGGCAAAUUAUGUUUUUACUGCAAUGAAAGACAAAAAUGUUAUUACAUGGACUGCUUUGCUCGUGGGACUAUCUCAAAACGGAAGAGCGGAGGAUGCGUUGAAGCUAUUCUGUCAAAUGCAGGAAGAGAAUGUUGCUGCAAAUUCUGUGACUCUGGUUGGUUUGGUCUACUGUUGUGCCCAUUUGGGGUCCUCACAGAAAGGAAAAAGUGUUCAUGCUAAAUUAGUUCGUUCAGGUUAUUCUUUUGAAAUUGUGAACAUGACAGCUUUGAUUGAUAUGUAUGCCAAAUGUGGCAAAAUAAGUGUAGCCGAAAGGGUGUUCAAUACUGUAGUGGAUCGUGGAGAUGUUAUUUUGUUUAACGCUAUGAUAACAAGUUAUGGUAUUCACGGUUUUGGGCACCAAGCUAUAAGCAUAUAUGACCAAAUGAUGUAUCGGAGAGUCUCUCCAAAUCAAACUACAUUUGUUGCUCUUCUAGCAGCAUGUAGUCACUCUGGGCUCGUGGAAGAGGGUACCUAUUUAUUUGAGAAGAUGAAAAGUGAACAUAAAGUUGAGCCAUCUGAAAAGCAUUAUGCUUGUUUGGUUGAUCUUCUUAGUAGGGCAGGGCGUCUUGAAGAUGCAGAAGAGUGCAUUAAAAAUAUGCCGUCUCAGCCUGGCACUACUGCUGUUCUUGAAGCUUUACUCAAUGGGUGUCGUUACCAUAAGAAUAUUGAUAUAGGCUUGAGAACUGCAGAUAAGUUGCUUCACCUAGACUCCACAAACCCUGGUAUAUAUAUUUUACUAUCAAAUAUAUAUGCUGAGGUAAAGAGAUGGGAUGUAGUAGAUUAUAUUCGCAGCACCAUGAGGACUCACAGAUUAAAGAAGAUUCCAGGGUACAGUUCAGUUGAAAUAAAAAAUCAGGUCCAUACUUUUUUUGCUGGCGAUAAUUCGCAUUUGAACUGGGAAGAAAUUCAUCAGUUCUUAGAAGCUUUAAAAUCAGUGAUAGAAGCUUCUGGGCAUGUACCGGACACUAGCUGUGUUCUUCGUGAUGUUGAUGAAAAGAUGAAAGUGAAGUUAUUGUGGGGUCAUAGUGAGAGAUCAGCUAUUGCAUUGGGACUUCUAAGCACACCACCUGGAAGUGUGAUUCGCAUAACAAAAAAUCUCCGUGUCUGUAAUGACUGCCAUAUGGUUACAAAAUACAUAUCACAAAUAGUACAAAGAGAGAUUGUUGUGAGAGAUGUCAAUCGAUUCCACCACUUUAGGAAUGGGAAGUGCUCUUGUGGUGAUUACUGGUGAUGAGGGUUAACUAGCUAAGAAAUCAAGCUUGGACUAAUUUUAUUAUAGUGGCCUGCUAUCAAAGCUCAAGCUAUGUGGCGAAAAUGGUCUUCCAUUGGCAGCAGCAGGGUCAGUUGACUUUAUACUAACACUGUUAUGAUCAUUAGUUUUGCUAUCUUGUUAUCAUAUGAUAUGCAGUUCUCUUGGAUGUGGUGUCACACUUAAAUAGCAGUGCUCUUUAAGAACAUAUUCCAAUUUGGUUCCAUGAUUUUAGUUAAUUUUCACGGUUGGUGUGACUUUGGAUUAUCUGCCACUUGGGUCUUGUGAUCACUCAUCCGGCAAAAUAUCAAUCAGAAAUUGGUCUGGUAAGUGAUUUGGAGGACAAAAAAUGACAAGAGAUUUGUAGUUGUGCACUAAAAGUGGAAAAUGUGAAAGUCGGGAACCAAAGUGAACUUGAGUAAAUAAUCGUGGGUCCUAAAGUGGAAUAUUUUAUUUUUCUAAUCAUGUGAUUGGUGACUGGGACACUGGGUUUUACAUUAUGGUGCUAUUCGAGUUAAGAGAUGCUUGCACUCGAUUGUAAAUUAUUUUCUUUUGGAUGAAGACUUGGACUACCCUAGAAAGGUGGAGCAAUCAGCGGAAACAAAUUCAAAACCGGAUGCAAGUGCUGUAAUGCUACCCUACUCAAGUUUGUGCAUUCCAAAGUCACAUAGAGUGAUCCCUCCCCUCUUUGCUGCAACUUUUGAUGAGCCAAUUAAACUCUUUACUGAUGAGGUGUUAAAGGAGAGUGGCAGAGUGCCACCUAUAAAAGUAGUCUUGAGGUUACUUAAGUAAAUUUGAGUCCUUUCAAAUGAAAUUUGGUCGCUUUUCAGUCACAGUGUUCAAAGUGAACAAGGAAAUGGCCACUGCUCAGUCCUGAUACAUAGAUUAGCUAAAACUUCAAAUACUGUGAUAGCCCCUAUAUCUGCUCCAAAUGCUUCUAAAAGAAUAAUUUUAAAUUGUACCUUGACCAGAUGUUACAAUUGCAUUAUAGUAUGAGUAACUUUCUAUCUGCAAAAGUCAACAGCAGGAUAAGCAACAUGCAAUCAAAAUUGAUGUGCCCUCCCUUGGAGAAACAUAUAUAUCCUGCUUGGCAAAGCUGUAUCAUUCUAUAGAAAGCUAGCAAACUCAUUAAAAAGAGAUCAUCUCCAAUGGACGGCCAAUUGUUCCUAAUAAAACAUCAUUUUAUCCUAAGGGUCUGGAUUUUAAUCUUGGCAUUCCAUUUGUAACUUUUGCCUUUGGAAAUGAACAAUUUGUCUUCCACAUUGCGCCAUUUGAUACUGAAUUUUCGGUGACGCACAAGGACCCCUUUUUUUCACAUUUAAUGGAACAACUCAGACGGAUUCUGAGGACAAGCAUCAAUAUUUGAUGUAUCAAGAUCAACUUCAUUGCAAGGACAUUGUCUCCAGUCUCCACGAGUGUUGAAAAGCCAAGUUGAUGCCAAACAGGUGGUUGAGUCUAUUCCAUUGUAGGAACCGGAGAAAAGCCUAAAACAACAUGCAAGGAGUUUAUUAUGUCUGUGACGAAAUUAAUUGUGGAGCCCUUGCUUUCUUUUGCUACCAAGGAUGGUUCAACUCUGUUUCUUCAUGCGAGGAGUAGAGAAUGAGUGCACACACAUUAAUAUUAUAGGACUAAAUGUUUCUUUAUGUGAGGAAUUAUAUGUUUGGUCACAAUGAUGAAAUAUGAAAGUAACCCAAUUUUGAAGCCAAAAUCCAAUGACUUGGUCACAACUAGACCUUGUUUGUCUCUCUCGGCAGUUUUUUUUAAUAAGGGUUGUCUGAGCAAUGCAACCAGAAGCUAACUGUAUAGAGCAAGAUGCUGAUGCUGAUGAUGAUGAAAUAUUCAUAAUAACAUAGUUUAGAUAAGACUGGGGCUCCUUUUGGUAGCCUGUUCUGCUUAUUGUGCAAAUCAGCAGAAUAAGUAGCUUUUGACCUUUAUAUUUGGCUGAAAUAGAUGUUACCAAAUGUUUUGAAGAUUAUUGCUGAAAUGCUGUUAAAGUUGCAUUGUCUGGUAGUCAAAAUCGAAAGUUUAAGUCUGUUAUUGCAAAGCCGCUCAAGGAUCACGCCGUUGCCUCUACAGAAAAGAUUGCUGAAAUUCUUCGAAAGGUGAAUGCAGAAAAUGAUUAGGACUUGCCUAUGGUGUUGGCAAAAAUGAAGCUUUAUCUACAGAACCCAUCUACUUAAUCAAUACUUUUCAAACCAUUAAAGACAAAUAUUAUCGAAGCACAUUCUUAAGUUCAAGUAUUGUCACACCUCAAAAAAGAUUAUUCACUGGAGCAUAUACCAAAUGUCGUAAAUACGGGCUGGACAUAAAACUUGACAGCCUCCUAUAGUUCUCCCGGAUUUGAGACACUGUUUUGAUUUCUUUCUUUCUAUUUCCAAUAUUAGUGGUCUGGGGCAUCAGAUUUGAAUGUCUCUCAAAUGUUGCAGUAGAGAACUUUCCAGUGAGCUUGAUUUGACAGUCUAAGCCUUGCUGCUGCAUAUAUAGAUGAAUUCCAUUACUGAAAAUAUGAUAUUACAAUUUGAGGCAGUUGUUAAAAAGUGCCAUUAGAGGUUGGCGUUCUCAGACUGAAUGUAAGCAUUUGAAACUAUUGUAUACAUACAAGAAUUGUGACGCCCUUGAAAAAGACUGCAAAUAGAGUAAGGAACGGUACUGGAUUUGGCUCACAAACGAGCUGUUACUGUUGACAUUAGAUAACAGUAUAGGCUGUAUAGCCGCGAACAGCACAUACAUUCAGUUGCAUUGGAGUUACCUUUGGC